AUGGCUGAUCAAGGAGUUCCGAUUGAUGGCGACAAACUCUGCUGUUCAAUCUGUUUGGAUCUACUGAAGGAUCCGGUAACUAUUCCCUGUGGACACAGCUACUGUAUGAACUGUAUUAAAAGGCAUUUUGAUGAAGAGGAUCAGAAGAACAUCCACAGCUGUCCUCAGUGCAGACAGACCUUCAUACAGAGGCCUGUCCUGAAGAAAAGCACCAUGUUAGCAGAGUUGGUGGAGGAGCUGAAAAAGACUGGACUGUAUGCUGUUCCUGCUGAUUAUUGCUAUGCUGGACCUGGAGAUGUGGCCUGUGAUGUCUGCAGUGGGAGAAAGCUGAAAGCCAUCAAAUCCUGUCUGCAGUGUCUGGUCUCUUACUGUGAGCAACACCUCCAGCUUCACCAUAAUGUAGAUGCAUUAAAGAAACACAAACUGGUCGACCCCUCCGAGAAGCUUCAAGAUACCAUCUGCUCUCACCACAAUGAGGUAAUGAAGAUUUUCUGCCGCACUGAUAACAGAUGUAUCUGUUAUGCCUGCUCCAUAGAUGAACAUAAAGCCCACGAGACAGUUCCAGCAUCAGCCGAAAGGACUCAAAGAGAGAAAGAGCUCAAUCCAUGUCGUGAAAAAAUUCAACAAAGAAUCAAGAAUAGAAAAAAAGACGUGAAUUUGCUUCAGCAGGAAGUGGAAGCCAUCAAUCAGUCAGCUGAUAAAGCUGUGAGGGACACUGAGAAAAUAUUCAGUGAACUGAUCCUCCUCAUUGAGAAAAGAAGCUCUGAUAUGAAGCAACAGAUCAGAUUCGAGCAGGAAACUGAAAUAAAUCGAGUCAACGAGCUUCUGGAAGAGCUCGAGGAGGAACUCAAUGAGCUGAAAAGAAAAGAUACUGAACUGGAGAAGCUCUCUCACACAGAGGAUCACACCCAGUUUCUGAAUAUGUUUCCACUGCUCUCAGAUCUCAAUGAAUCUUCAGAGUCACGAUGUCCCACAGCUCGUCCUUUGCUGUAUUUUGGGGAUGUGCCGGCUGCUGUAUCAGAGGUGAAAGAUAAGCUACAGGGCGUUCUUCAGAAAGGAUGGCAAAAAGUUUCGCGGACAGUGAUUAAUGUAGAUGUGUUGCUACCACAACCAGAGCCCAAAACCAGAGCUGAAUUCUUAAAAUUUUCAACACAGCUCACACUGGAUCCAGACACUGUAAACAUGCGGCUGUUAUUAUCUGAAGAGAACAGAAGAGCAACAUUUGUGAAUAAAAAACAGGCAUAUCCAGGUCACCCUGAAAGAUUCAUGAACAGGUCUCAGGUCCUGAGCAGAGAAAGUCUGACUGGACGUCACUACUGUGAGGUAGAGUGGAGCGGGUUUGGUAUUUACGUAGCAGUGGCAUACAAAAGCAUCAUGAGAACAGGAGAUGAAAGUGAAUUUGGAAAUAAUGAUAAGUCCUGGGCGUUAAGGUGUUCUUCCAGUCACUAUGAAUUAAGUCAUAAAAGAGUAUGUGAAUGGUUAUCAGGUCCUCAGUCCUCCAGAAUAGGAGUGUACCUGGAUCACACAGCAGGUGUUCUGUCUUUCUACAGCGUCUCUGACACCAUGACUCUCCUCCACAGAGUCCAGGCCACAUUCACUCAGCCACUGUAUGCUGGACUUAGAGCUUAUCAUUUCUUGGGUGCAGACUCGUCUGCUGUGUUUAGUGAGCUGGAGCAGAUGGACACUGUUACAGAAUGAAGGUGUUUCUGUUUCAAGUUAAAGCCUUUUUUCUCCACUGUUGAUCUUUGGCACUGUGCCUCAGCUGCCAGUUAAACAUUACGGGCAGAAGUAUGAUGAUAUUUUUCUUUUAAUA